UGUCCUUCCCUCCAACACCUUCCGGGUCGCAGGAGCCGAGGUGUCCUCUGGGUAACCAUCUCAUUUCCUCCCCUCCCCCUCCUCCUGCCCUCGACCAACCAGCCUCCCGUCAGGGAGGGACAUGCGCAGUGAGAACCUCCCAUCUCUUCUAACAGAACCCCCCUCCCCCCCAAACCAGAGAGACCCCAGCAGCAGCAGCAGCUGAUGAUGAAGAGAGAGGCAGAGGCUAAGGGGGGGCACCUUUUAUUUCUAUUUUUAAAGGGACAGGACACUAAUUUUACCCCACUUCAACCUUGAAUUGCGAGGGGGGGAAGCGGUUGAGUUCCUUCCCCCACCCUCCACCCCUGAGCCCAGAGAGGGGAAUUAAGCCUGAGAGAGAAGGAGAGUUUCUUCUUCUUCUUCUUCUAACCCCCCCUUACCACUCCUGCCCCCCUCCUCUCUCUCUCCUCAACCCCCUCCACCCCCCUCUCUUUGGCCCUGAGAGGAGGAAAGAGACCAAAAGCCUCUUAGCAACACAGCCCCUUCUCUGCUGUUGCUGCUGCUGCUGCUAAAGCUGCUGCUAAAGCUGCUGCUGCUAAAGCUGCUGCUGCUGCUGCUGCUGCUGUUGCUAAAGCUGCUGCUGCUAUUGCUGCUGCUGCUGCUGCUGUUCUUGCUUGGCCCUGGCUGGAGACAUCUCACUACACCCAGGAGCAGCCACUUCCCCCAGCUCUUCUCCUCCUCCUCCUCCUCCUCCUUCUCCUCCUCCUCCCUCCUCCUCCUCGUCCUCCUCCUCCUCCUCCUCCACUCCCCCCCUUUAUUACCCUUUGUGUCAUCCUCCACAGCUCCAGGGAAGGGACUCAAAAGUGGGGGGCAGGAAAGCAGCUUGAAAGAUUUUUGUCAUCACAGUUUUGACGUUUCAAGAUAAUGUGCCCAGGAACUCACAGAGAAUGUUACUUCCUGGGUAUAUGAAAAAGAUGUGGAAUAUUUUAUUGUUUAUAGACAAGAACUCUCAAAUUUAGCCCAUCAAGUUGGAAAACCUGAGGCAAACAGAGGUAAAGUGACUUGCCUAGGGUCACACAGCUAAUAUCCAAGGCCGAAUUUGAAUUCACGUCUUCCUGAAUCCAGGUCCAGCGUUCUAUCCACUGCACUACCUAAUUGCCCCUGCGAGGAGAUUUGUGUUAACCAAGAUUACAAACCAGUAUGUGCCAGGACCAAGGGAACAUAUCAUACCAGAAACCAAGAACACAGAAUAUUUCCCUUCUCUCAAAUUCUUAGAAUUGUGAUAUUUCUCCACUUUUAUCAAGAGAAAGGGCCAACUUGUCAAAUAUCCACAGAUUUCAGGUGUCAACAAUUCUUAAGGAAAAAGAGGUGCUGUCUUAAAAAAAAAAAACAGGAAUUGUAGAAAUAUAAUAAACUAUUUGAGAGAUUUGAUCUCCCAAGUAAGCAGUGGGCCUUGAAAGAUUGGCUUGGUUUCAUCAGUCCCUCUUUUGGGGUUGCAUUAUUGGCAUUGUGAAGACAUGAACAAAUCAGAAGAAAGAAUCUACAACACUUUGAAUAUAGAAAAGAAGAUAAAGUUGAAAGAAUGUGGCAUAUAAAGUGGGGUAAUACCUGGAAAUAUUAACUAGUUGAUAAUUGUCAAAGUAAGACUUUUUUCAGCAAAUACAGAACUUAUUAGGCUUCAAGUUUUGAGACAUGCUAUUGAAUUAGAAACUUUACUUCCCUUCAAUCCUUUCGAAGAAAUAUGAUUUUCUUAAUUUGGAAGCACUCACUUUUACACAUGUAGUCUGUCCAUAGGAAUACAUACAUGGGAAGUUUAAAAGUCAGCUAUUUAAUGUAGAUUAUAAUGGUCAACUGAUUUUAACAAUGGCAGAUUUCAAGGACUUGGUUCCAAACUGAGCUAAAGCUUCCCAAUGCACUUUGUACAGACUGCAAAAAACUGUACUGAAUUGGCCUGUUCUUGAGGGUCAUGAUGCCAUGUAAUAUAAGGAUAUCAUCUUACUGUUGAUAUCUCUGAGGAGUCCCAAGCAGACACGGAAAAUGAAUGGAGGAAAGGAGUGUGAUGGAGGGGACAAGGAUGGAGGCCUGCCAGCAGUACAAGUUCCUGUAGGCUGGCAACGUCGGGUGGAUCAAAAUGGAGUGCUUUACAUUAGUCCCAGUGGGUCUUUGUUAUCUUGCUUGGAGCAGGUUAAAACCUACCUGCUUACUGAUGGAACCUGCAAGUGUGGCUUGGAAUGUCCUCUUAUUCUUCCCAAGGUAUUUAAUUUUGAUCCUGGAGCUGCUGUAAAACAGAGAACUGCAGAAGACGUUAAAGCAGACGAAGAUGUCACAAAGCUAUGCAUACAUAAAAGGAAAAUCAUUGCAGUGGCAACACUGCAUAAGAGCAUGGAAGCCCCUCACCCUUCCCUAGUCCUUACUAGUCCUGGAGGAGGAACAAGUGCAACUCCAAUAGUAACUUCACGGGCAGCAACUCCAAGAUCAAUGAGAACUAAAUCACAUGAAGGAAUUACAAAUUCUGUAAUGCCAGAAUGUAAGAAUCCUUUCAAGUUAAUGAUUGGAGCAUCUAAUGCCAUGGGAAGGCUUUAUGUUCAAGAGCUGACUGGAAGCCAGCAACAAGAACUUCAUUCUGUCUAUCCUAGGCAGAGAUUGGGCAGCAGUGAGCAUGGUCAAAAAUCUCCAUAUCGUGGCAGUCAUGGUGGACUUCCUAGUCCAGCUUCAUCAGGAUCCCAGAUAUAUGGAGAUGGCUCAAUCUCUCCUAGGACUGACCCACUUGGAAGCCCUGAUGUUUUCACAAGGAGUAAUACUGGUUUUCAUGGAGCUCCUAAUUCUAGUCCUAUUCAUAUGAAUAGGACUCCUCUUUCUCCACCCUCAGUAAUGCUACAUGGUUCUCCUGUACAGUCAUCCUGUGCAAUGGCUGGAAGGACUAAUAUACCUCUCUCCCCAACCUUGACUACAAAGAGUCCAGUAAUGAAAAAACCAAUGUGUAAUUUUUCAACUAAUAUGGAAAUACCACGAGCAAUGUUCCACCACAAACCACCCCAAGGCCCACCUCCCCCUCCACCACCUUCUUGUGCUCUUCAGAAAAAGCCAUUAACAUCAGAAAAAGAUCCACUUGGCAUUCUUGACCCUAUUCCUAGUAAACCAGUAAAUCAGAACCCUAUUCUCAUUAAUCCUACCAAUUUCCAUUCAAAUGUCCACUCUCAGGUACCUGUGAUGAAUGUAAGCAUGCCUCCUGCUGUUGUUCCUUUGCCAAGUAAUCUCCCUUUGCCAACUGUUAAACCUGGCCACAUGAGCCAUGGAAGUCAUGUUCAAAGAGUUCAACAUUCAGCUUCAACCUCCCUGUCUCCUUCACCAGUGACAUCCCCAGUGCAUAUGAUGGGAACCGGAAUUGGAAGGAUUGAGGCAUCACCCCAAAGAUCACGUUCAUCUUCCACAUCAUCAGAUCAUGGGAAUUUCAUGAUGCCACCUGUAGGACCCCAAUCUACUUGUAGUGGUAUUAAAGUUCCACCACGGUCACCACGGUCAACAAUAGGGUCCCCAAGACCAUCAAUGCCAUCAAGCCCUUCCACCAAGCCUGAUGGACUUCAUCAGUACAAGGACAUCCCCAACCCAUUAAUUGCUGGAAUGAGUAAUGUACUAAAUGCUCCAAGCAAUGCAGCAUUUCCUACUGCAUCUGCUGGAAAUGGACCUUUAAAGAGUCAGCCUGGUUUGCUGGGAAUGCCUUUAAAUCAGAUUUUGAACCAGCACAAUGCUGCCUCCUUUCCAGCAAGUAGUUUACUCUCAGCAGCAGCCAAAGCACAGCUAGCAAAUCAAAACAAACUUGCUGGUAACAACAAUAACAGCAGUAGCAAUUCUGGAGCUGUUGCCAAUAGUGGCAACACCGAAGGACAUAGCACUUUAAAUACCAUGUUCCCUCCUACUGCCAACAUGCUUCUACCAACAAGUGAAGGGCAAAGUGGCCGAGCAGCACUAAGAGAUAAAUUAAUGUCUCAGCAGAAAGAAUCUAUGAGGAAAAGAAAACAGCCAACUACUACUGUGUUGAGUUUGCUUAGACAGUCUCAUAUGGAUAGUUCUUCAGUUCCUAAACCUGGUCCUGACUUGAUAAGGAAGCAAAGUCAAGGUUCAUUUCCCAUCAAUUCCAUGUCUCAGUUACUGCAGUCCAUGAGUUGUCAAAGCUCACACAUGAGCAGCAAUAGUUCCACGGGUUGUGGGAGCUCCAAUCCUGCUUUGCCUUGCUCUGCUAACCAGCUGCAUUUCACAGACACCAAUAUAAAUUCCAGUGUUCUUCAAAAUUCAUUGACACAGAACUUACCUUUAAGAGGGGAAGCCAUGCACUGCCAGAAUGCUAACACCAACUUCAUCCAUGGUAGCAGCCCAGGGCCAAACCACCAUCUUGCAGGCUUAAUAAAUCAGAUUCAGGCUAGUGGGAAUUGUGGAAUGCUCAGUCAGCCAGGCAUGGCUUUAGGAGGUCCAUUACACCCAAACCCACCUCAGUCAAGGAUUUCAGCAUCAUCCACUCCAAUGAUACCAAACAGCAUUGUUAGCAGCUGUAAUCAAACAAGUUCUGAUGCAGGAGGUUCAGGACCAUCGUCAUCCAUAGCCAUAGCUGGCACCAACCAACCCGCCAUCACAAAGACAACAUCUGUACUUCAAGAUGGCGUUAUAGUUACCACUGCCACAGGAAGCCAACUGCAGAGUCAGCUGCCCCUUGGGAGUGAUUUUCCCUUUGUUGGCCAGGAGCACACACUUCAUUUUCCACAAAACAGCCCUUCAAACAACAAUCUUCCGCACCCUUUGAAUCCCAGCCUUCUCAGUUCUCUACCUAUCUCUCUUCCAGUGAAUCAACAGCAUCUCCUAAACCAGAAUCUAUUAAAUAUCCUGCAGCCUUCAGCAGGAGAAGGCAAGUCUGAGGUCAACCUCAACCCUUUAGGUUUUCUCAACCCGAAUGUAAACGCUGCUUUAGCUUUUCUCUCCGCUGACGUGGAUGGGCAGGUAUUGCAACCUGUUCAUUUUCAGCUCUUAGCUGCCCUGCUUCAGAACCAAGCCCAAGCAGCUGCCAUGCUUCCCCUGCCAUCUUUCAAUUUGACCAUCUCAGAUCUUUUGCAACAGCAAAAUAACCCUUUAUCCUCAUUAACACAGAUGACAACCCCACCAGACCAUUUGCCAAGCAGUCAGUCAGACAGCAACAGAGCUGAGACCCUUUUAACCAACCCCCUGGGGAACCCUUUACCAAGCUUUUCAGGCAGCGACACUACUUCUAACCCCCUGCUCCUCCCCGCUGUCACUGGGGCCUCAGGAUUAAUGGCCCUGAAUCCCCAGCUCUUGGGAGGUGUCCUGAACUCGGCAUCGGGCAACACUGCUAAUCAUCCAGAGGUUUCCAUAGCAACCUCCUCCCAGGCAACCACUACCACAACCACUACAUCAUCAGCAGUGGCAGCACUGACUGUCUCAACACUUGGUGGGACAGCAGUGGUGUCAAUGGCAGAAACAUUGCUGAACAUAUCUAAUAAUGCUGGGAAUACACCUGGUCCAACUAAACUCAACAGUAACUCUGUGGUGCCACAGCUACUUAACCCUCUACUGGGGACGGGUCUGCUUGGUGACAUGUCAUCAAUAAACAAUACUUUGAAUAACCAUCAACUGACUCAUCUACAGUCCCUAUUAAACAGCAAUCAAAUGUUUCCUUCAAAUCAGCAACAACAGCAACUUCUCCAUGGGUACCAGAAUCUUCAGGCGUUUCAAGGACAGCCCACAAUUCCUGGUUCAGGCAACAGUUCAAAUCCUAUGGCUUGUCUUUUUCAAAACUUUCAGGUGAGAAUGCAGGAAGAUGCAGCUCUCCUAAACAAAAGAAUGAGCACUCAAAGUGGUCUGACAGCACUUCCUGAGAAUUCUAACCCUACACUUCCUCCUUUCCAAGAUACAGCUUGCGAGUUGCAACAGAGGACUGAGCCAACACUGGGACAACAGGCAAAGGAUAGCCUCAAUGUGGCUGGUCAGGGUGAUGCUUCAGUAGAUGCAAUUUACAAAGCAGUUGUAGAUGCUGCAAGCAAAGGAAUGCAAGUUGUCAUCACCACUGCAGUUAGCAGUACAACUCAGAUUAGCCCCAUUCCAGCUCUGAGUGCCAUGAGUGCCUUCACUGCCUCAAUUGGUGACCCAUUAAAUCUCUCUAGUGCUGUCAGUGCAGUAAUUCAUGGAAGAAACAUUAGUGGUGCAGAUCACGACAGUAGGCUAAGGAAUAUAAGAGGGCCUCGCCUCCCAAAAAAUUUGGAACAUGGGAAGAAUUCAAGCGAGGGAGAUGGAUUUGAGUAUUUCAAAUCAGGAGGUUGCAACACGCCUAAAAAACUGUGGGAAGGCGAGCAGAGUCCCGGUGGAGAGAUAAACAGAUGGAAAUGUGAGGAAUUUUUAGAUCAUUCAGCCCAUAUCCACAGUAGCCCUUGUCAUGAAAGGCCCAAUAAUGUCUCCACACUGCCAUUACUUCCAGGAGAACAGCAUCCAAUUCUGUUACCACAAAGAAACUGUCAAGGGGAUAAAAUGUUGGAAGAAAAUUUCAGGUAUAACAACUACAAAAGAACUAUGAUGAGUUUUAAGGAGAGACUGGAGAACACUGUGGAAAGAUGUGCACAUAUUAAUGGAAAUAGGCCUCAACAGAGCAGAGGGUUUGGAGAAUUGCUGAGUGCUUCAAAGCAAGAGCUAGUCAUGGAGGAGCAAUCUCCAAGUUCCUCAAAUAGCCUGGAAAGUUCUCUAGUUAAAGACUACAUCCAUUUUAAUGGAGAUUUUAAUGCCAAAAGCAUUAAUGGGUGUGUGCCUAGCCCUUCGGACGCUAAAAGCAUUAGUAGUGAAGAAGACCUAAGGAACCCAGAGUCCCCUUCUUCAAAUGAGCUAAUUCACUAUAGACCAAGGACGUUUAAUGUUGGCGACUUGGUCUGGGGCCAAAUCAAAGGACUAACUUCAUGGCCUGGCAAAUUAGUACGAGAAGAAGAAGUUCACAAUUCAUGUCAACAAAACACUGAGGAAGGGAAGGUCUCUCGGCCCCAAACACUGGGUAUUUAUGAAAGGAAGGAAACAAGUAUUUAUUAUGCUAUGUUCUAAGGACUGUGCCAAGUACUUUACAAAUAUAUCAGGAGGUAGGUACUAUUAAUAUGUUCAUUUUACAGCUGUUGGAUAGAGUGCAGGACCUUGAAUGAAGAACUGAGUUCAAGUCCAGCCCCAGUUACUACCUGUGUGACCUUGGGCAAGUCACUUAACCUCUACCUUAGCUUCCCAAAUCUUACAUAUAUAUUAUAUAUAUAUUAUGUUAUAAUAUGUAUGAUAGCACCAGGGUUAUUGAGAAGAAUACCUCAGGGUAGUUUGUAAAAUGUGCUUAGCCCUGUACCUGGCACAUCAUAAAUGCUUAUUCCCCACUUCUUUUCUUCCCUGCAUUUACUUAUCUGAAAAUGUGAAUUCCCUCAGUUGCUCCAUGAAGGCAAGAGAAUUACUUGCUUUUAUUUGUAUUCCCAGGGCCUAGCAACUAGGCUUAACAAACCCUUGAGGAUAAAUUGACAUUUUCUUCAGUUUAGACCAAGCUCAGAGAAUCAUAGGAUUUUAGAGAUAAAAGGAAUCUUAGACAUUUUUAUAAAAUAGAAUUUGAGGCCACAUGAAGUGAAAGUUGCAAACAGUUCAUUAGUGUGCGUCAGCUGUGACUAGAACUCAGGUUCCUGACUCUUAGUUCAUUGUUCUUUCUUCUGCAACAUAGAGUCAGGCUUGUGUGAGGAGCAACUCAGGCUGCUUUUCAGGAAGAGUUGCUUACCUUUUGAAUAUGUUAAUUCCCUUAUUCCCAUUCUUUUCAAAUGUAUAAAAUUGUUUCAUUGAGAAAGACUGGGAUUUUGGUAGUUUGGGACUUCUAUCACCAUGAUAAAAAUAAAAUGUACCGUUUUAGAAAUAACAAGUUCCAUCUUUCUGUGGCAGCUUUUUUUUUUUAACUGUUACCUUUCUGUCUUAGAAUCAGUACUGUGUUUUGGUUCUGCAGCAAAGAGCAGUAAGGGCCAGGCAAAGGACUUAAGUGAUGUGACUCAGCUUGGAAGUAUUUUGAGUUCACAUUUGAACCCAGGACUUCCCAUCUCUGAACCUAGCCACCUAGCUGCCCCCUGUGGCAGCUCUUAUUAAAGUAAAAUGUCCCAAGAAUUUUGAGAUUUUUCAUUAAUAAAAAAUUGAUGUGUAAAGCAUAGUUCAUCCACUUUCUUCUCACACAUGUUUUGCUUACAGGGAGCAAAUUAAAUAUUUUUCGGGCCACAACAUUUCCUUCCUAUGAGAAGACUAUCAUUUAAUAAGCUAUUGCACCACAUUUACCAUCGAUUCCUAAAAAGAUUAACUCUAUUCUCGGAUUCAAUAAUUUAUGUCCUUAGAGUAUAGUAAGCAAUGACUUGCUUUUGAGAAUCGUCCUCUUCCUCAAUAAUUAGUUUAGAUUAACAGUGAGUCUUGACCCCACUAAAAGGCCCAAAACAGGAGAAUGCAUCUGUGACAAUGACGUUUUAAAAAUAACAAGUACAGAAAUAUUGUUGUAUGUAGUAGAGCACAUUAGAGGAUACCCAUGGAAUGUGACUGCAGAGGUGAAAUAACUUAAACUUGUCCCACCUGAAGGCAGCAUUUGAUAGCAAGCAAGCCAUUUGGGCUCCUAACAAGUGACCAGGAUUUAGAUUUAUCAUUACUCAGCAAAAAUAUCUGUAAGUUUAACUACAGGCAGUCCCUAGUUAGAAACAAGUGAGGACUGAACGGCCUUGUGGUGAUCCAGGCCUAAGAACACAGUUUUUCUGUAGAAACAUAAACAGUGGUACAACUCUGCAGCCCAUCUUCACUCAUAAUGUAGCCGAGUGUACUUUCAGAACCAGAAAGACCUGGCUCCCAGGCCUACUUCUUACACAAAUUGACUGGGAAAGCCUGGGCAAACCUCUGGGGCUUCAGGUUACUCUGUGUGCCUAUAAGUGGCACAGAAGGGGGAGAUUUCUCCCCAGAGAGUGGGCUCCAUCAAUAUAGUAACAAAACUGGUCUCUUUCACCUUACUAAUAGUACUAUAGAGUGGUCACACCAUCUAUAAGAGUAUUGCAACAGGAAAACAUUCAGAAUUCCAAUGGACACAUUUCCCCCCUUGAAAUGGAAUUGAAAUCCCACCUCUGGGAAGGAGGACAACUUAUCACUGGUCACCACCAUAGUCUAGAACAGAAUCUCCCCUGGACACGAGACACCAUCCCAGAAGUGGGGAGGAGGGAGGGGAGUCAGGAACAGGGCCAGCAGGAGAGGGGCAUCUAGUCUAGGUAGGGGCUCUUACACAGAUACCAAAGAUCUGUGCGAAUCAGGAUGGAAACAGCAGGGGGCAUAUCUUGGGGUCCAGUAGCUCCCCAGCUAUCUCUUUAGUGAUGAGCCUUCUGCCUUCAGCUGCUUUUCUUUCCACCUUUUGCUUCUGGCCAGAGUUUCUCCCUUCUUUUCCCCCAUACUUACUGGUAGUGCUUGGCCUGAAGAUCAAAUCCAGCCUCAGUUUGUGUGUCUCUGGGCAAGUCACUUAGCCUUUGUUUACCUUAGUUUCCUCGAAUAUAGAAUGGGGGUUAUAAUUAGCACCUCACAGAAUUAUCGUCAGGGUCAAAUGUGAUAUUUGUAAAAGCCCUUAGCAUAGUUCCUGGCACAUAAUCGAUACUGUACAUGUUUAUUCCCUUCCCUAGCCAACAAAAUAUGAAGUCUCACAGUUUAGCUCUACUCUUGUGCUUAAAGCAAGUAUAGUGUAACAUAAAGCGAGAUUUUCUAAUUUUUUUUAUUCUUAAUAACCAAGAGAAAACAAUUCAAAGACUCUUUCUGUGAACCCACCUAUAUACCACCUUUUUCCCCCAAUCAACCCUAUAAACAAACAUAAAGUCAUAUGUAAGUGACAGAUAUUUAAAUGCCCAAAAGAUUCAUGUAGGUUUCAGAUAAUUAAGUUUAGUUGUUCUCAAUGUUUUAUCACUAGAACCAGGAGACUUUGGGGUGAAAACUGAACCAAAAUGCUAAGAUCUGAGAUUGGGAGAGACAGAAGAUUAACACAAAGAAACAGAAACAAAAAGAAGUGUUGAGGCUAGUUUGGUGGCCAUUGCCUGCUAAAACUGACCCAGGACUAGCCUUACAGUCAUUUGUAAUGAAAAGGGGGCAGGCAUGAGAUAUAUAGCAUCUGGAGAUAUGAUGCAAAGGGCAUUGGUUAACAUCAGUCCCAGCCAAUAGAAAGGAAGAUGUGGGGAAAAUCUGGUUUUGUGAAGUAGUUGAGAAGAUAGAAGAGUUUCUGCUGCCACCUGGCUGGAACUGAGGAGUUAUUUCUAAUUAACUUUUCUUAGAUAACAAGGAUCUAAUCAAAUUGCCUAAUACUUGGUCUUCCAGUUAAGAUAUGAAAUCAUUUGGUUCCUAAGAGUUUUGCUUGUUAAGCUUUGACUAUUUAAUAUUAACAUUGCUGUGUUUUACAAUUUUUUUUUGACACAUUGGGCUCAGGAAUUGGAAAAAAAAAGUUAUGUUCAGAGUUUUUAAAAUAUUUGUCAUAAUUUCUGUUUUUUAAUAAGGAGUUAAUUUUAUUUUCCUUUUCCUCCAAUGUCAAUUUAUAAGAUAUUUCUAAAAGAAUGUUCGAGAUCAGUGUUUUACCACAUAAAAGCAUAGCAUUUAAUACAUUAUCUUUUGCAAUAUAGUUAAAAGGUAAGAUGUCUAAAAUACUGAAGCAAAAUAAAUGAUGCCUCACAGUAUUCACCUCCUAACUUGAAAAGAUAUUUUUAUUUCAAAAGUAAGUCCAGGUAUGUAUUCUUCUUAGUUUCAAGUAACUGCAGCAUUAUUUGUACAAUUCCUUCUCACAAGUUAAAACAUUGCCUUCAAAUUCUUUAUGACCUUUAAACAAAAUGUUCAUUAUUGCAAUGUACAAAAGUUACAUAAAAAUCAAGAAAUUGUGUUAAGGAUUGUAGUGUUCAGAAGAUGACCAAGAAUUGCUCAAAAGUUUAUAGACAGAACUUGAUUUGUAUGAUGUAGCCUUUUGUUUAAGUCUAAUAUGGUUAUUUGCAUUUACUAUUACUUGAAUUGCUUCAAAGAAGUGAAUGGACAUGUUCCUCUCUCUUGAUUCUGUGUUCUCCAGUUCCACUUGUAAAUUCUAAAAGGUUUCUUUUAAUUAAAUAAAGAAGUUGCCACAUACACACACACACACACACACACACACACACACACACACACACACACACACACACACACACACAUAGGCAGGGACUUUUGUUUACAUCUCUAGCACCAGCAUGUUACUUUGCAUACAAUUGGCACAAUAAAUAUUUGGGUGAUUAAAUUUAUUGGCAUAAAUAUCUGUAUUCUGGUUAUAUCAUGUUUAUGUCAGUGACACAAGGCAACACUUAGUAGGCAUUCUAAAAGAAUGUCAGCUGGAAAAGGAUUAUUGAAAUUAUAAAGAUCAACCCUUUCAUUUUAUAUAUAGAUAAGAUAACAAAGUUUUAAUUUUUCAGUAAUGUCUUUGGUUAUACAAAUUUCUCAUUGUUCUCUUUCUGCUCUCCCUCCCUCUUCUUUUCCUCCCUCCUCUCUCUUUCUCUCCCUCUCUCUCUGUCCUUCUCUCUUUUCCUCUCCCUAUCUCCUUCUCCCACUCUCUCCUUCCUUCCUAGUCUUCUGCUUCUAGUCUGUCACAAUACAGCAAAUUAGAUAAAUAAAUUUCAUUGGAAUGGUACCUAAAAUAAAGAGCAAAAUAGACUGUGAGUCAAGUGCAUUCACUUCAGUGUAUGGACUUUCUGACUCCAAAUUGGACUACUUCCUUCCUAGAUCUUAUCCAGGUGCCAAAUGGUUACAUAUUCCAUAUUCAGUAGCAAUGACAUGUGAGAAUAGAACAUUUACAUUUCACCCUGUCUUUAGUAGUUCUCAAACUUCCAUCUCAGGCUCCCUUUGCAAUCUUAAAAAUUACUGAGCUUUUCUUUUUAUUAUUGUUAU